AUGACUAUGGACAACAGAAAGAGGCCAGUGGGUUCCUCAAACUCUGGGAACUUGGUGUACUGGUCCUCCUCGUUUCCGCGGCAACCGGCCAGGGUCCUGAUAGUGGAGGCGCUGCCGCCCCAGUGGUCAGAGACCUGUCCGGCGCUCUGCGAUGCUCUGGAUAACGUCCUGUCCCUGGCCUGUAGCCUGGACGGACCCUGCAGGAUACCACUGCUCAGCCUGUACGCCAUCAGCAGGCAGCAGGAGUGUCUACUGCCAUUUGCGCAGGUCCGUGGUAACCUGGCCAGGCUGCGCUCCUGCGUCGAGGAGCUGAGGACUCUUCCAGGUGAAGGAUGUGUCCGAGGAGUGGCCAGUGGAAGCGAGCUGCUGCGCCGGGCAGUGUUGGACAGUCUGCAGCAGUUCAAUCAGUUCAUCAGACACGCCAGCUCCGGCAGCCUGGCCGGCAACAAUAUCUCCGUGGAGGUCACCGUGGUGACCAGCCACCCGGGACGGGGCGUCGUUCGCCGGUUGGAGACGGGGCUCAAGGACGCCGACCUGACGUCACUGAAGCGGCUGCUGGUGGUGCAGAUCUGCAGCGCCGGCGACUGGGGGCGAGACGACCAGCCGCCCGGGGCUGCGUCCGGCGAGACCGAGGACUCUUUGAUGUUGGGAACGGAGGUGGACCUGCAGCAGGUGGAGAACAGCGUGUUCGCCAUGGAGACGGUGUUGAAGGCGUGGCUUCAAGAGCAGGGGGGAGACAGAGAGCACGUCCACCUCAUGCUGCCCGGCCCCCAAGACAACCCCGUCCCAGUGUGUGUGAAGUGUGACAUGCAGGAGCGACUGAUAAGCCCCGCCCUCAUCCCCCUGCGCCCCAACCUGGGGGUGAACACCGAGAGCGUCCGGGACUUCCUGCCUCUCGCGAAAGGAUUAGCCAAUCAGGGCCAACCGCCGCAGAGACUGAAAGCAAUCAAGACUCUGCGAGCAGGCGGCGUGUGUGAGAGUGUGUUGUACGGCCUGCCGCUGGUGCUCCGCCCCGCCGCCUGCUGGCAGCUGGACUGGGAUGAGAUGGAAGCCAACCACAACUUGUUCCAAGCUCUCUGCCACACUCUCAGGAGCCGGGACUUGUUCCUGCUGCUUCAGGUGGAACCUGCACAGAGGUCCACAGGUGUGAACUCCCACUACGUCCUCCAGCCAUCCCCCUCCCUCUCCCUCCUCCUGAAGCCUGUGGCCUCAAGAGAGCUGCUGCUGCCCUGCUCUCUACCCGUCUCCACCCAGGAGCCUGCACCCGAUGCCCUGCACGCCAUACAGGCGUGUCUCACUCAGCUGGAUGAGGAGUGUGUGUUCAACCCUCUCUCUCUGAGCAGUAACUUGUACCAUCACCUCAGGAGCAGAGGCCUGCUCUCACAGCCCCGGUACCCGUACAGGCUGCAGCCGGCAGCCGCCCGCAGAGACCAGUGUCCACCACUAGAGGGCCCUAAAACCACAGGCAGCAGGCCGCCGCGGCAGCCACAACACCAUGGCCGCCAACUGGGAACUGGGAACAGCAAGGCCAGGGCUACUGUGGCUCCGCUGCCCUCUUCCUGCUCCUCCUCAUCUUACUCCUUCUACUCCUCCAUGGGACCUCCUCCUGUAAAGGCUUCUCGUCCGGCUCUGACGCUCCUCGGCAGCAGCGGCGGCGGCGUCAGUGGAAGCCGCCGGGCCCCGGCCCCGUCUCGACAUGAGGAAGACAAUGAUGAUGACGACUCCAUGGUAGUACAGUAAAAGAAACAAAGUGUUCUGAGAGAGCUGUACCGUGACAGCGAGGUGACAGAGGAGGGGGGGGGG